AUGGCUCCAGCAGCUAUCGUUAGCGACCUUGCAACAGUAGCACAUCAACCAGAAUCAAACAUCACACAAGCCAACGCCCCUUCACCGAACCUCUUCUCAUUAGCCGGGCAGACUAUCGUGGUGACAGGUGGUGGCCGAGGGCUUGGAAUUACUCUCGCAACCGCAGUCGUCGAAGCUGGCGGGAAUGUCGCAUGCUUGGACGUCCUCCCAGAGCCUGCAGCCCAGGAAUGGUCGCAAUUACAGUCCAUGGCCAAGAAGUCCGGCCUCACAGCAACCUACGGCAUAUGCGACAUCACCCAAGAAAGCCAAGUCCAGAGCACUCUCGAAGAAAUCUCAAACUCAGCCGCGUCUCGCAACGCACCCUUCUCCGGCAUCAUCGCGUGCGCCGGCAUCCAACAAAAGACCCCAGUCCUCGAAUACCCGGUCGAAGACUUCAACCGCAUGUUAAACGUCAACGUCACCGGAACAUUCCUGACAGCAAAACACGCGGCCAAACUUUUUGUUCAGAAUCAUAUCAAAGGCUCGAUCGUCCUCAUCGCAUCCAUGUCCGGACAAGUCGCGAAUAGGAGUCUGUAUUGCACCGCUUACAACACGAGCAAAGCCGCCGUUCACCAAUUGUGUAGAUCUAUGGCGCAGGAAAUCGGACAGCAUGGGAUUCGGAUUAAUACGCUUUCUCCGGGGUAUAUCCGAACUGCGAUGACGGAUGCGUUGCUGAAGCAGGAACCGGGGAUUGAGAAGACGUGGAUGGCGGGUGCUUUGCUGGGAAGAUUGGGUGCUCCUGAGGAUUUCAAGGCGCCUGCGAUCUUCCUUUUGGCGCCGGGUAGUGCUUGGAUGACCGGGGCGGAUUUGAGGGUUGAUGGGGGCCAUUGUGCUGCUGCUUAG